AUGUAUCAAUUAAAUCAUAUCACCUAUAUCAUCAGACGAAUGGGACCCUUGCGCUGUUAUUCAGCACGUUCCUUGGAAAGAGCAAUUGAAACUCGUAAUAUAUUUGCCUUCAUCCAGUCGGCUGGUAUCAUCAAUUUCUCAAUUGGCCGCACCUCCAUUGACAGACAUGCCAAUAUUUUAGAGCACCCGUCAAAUGAUCAGCAUCAUCCAUCCUACGUAUUACUAGACCACUGUCUACUUUUCUGGUUAAAGGCUCUCUUGCAUUGCUUUGUUCGUCUUGAAGGAGAUAGGCAUAUAGGAUUCGCCAAAUUUCACACUGAUCAAACAAUCAAAUUUUCGGCAAAAUUAUGGUUCAACAAUCAAGUUCUGAUCUCCCAUUUUUACAAGUCAAGCAAUUCUUUGAGUUCUCGUGGUGGUGGGUACAUGAUGUUUAAGGCUGCAAAAUCGUUCCGUCGAAAGAUGGAGAUUACUAGUUUGAACGCAAUAAUCGAACAGCACCGCAAUGAGGCAAACGAUUCUCAUUAUCAGGAAGCCAUUUCAGCAGCAAGCGUCCUCCGCACUGUUCCCAUGCCAACAAUAUCUGAGAAUGGCAAUGAUAUCAAGAGAACAAUAACCAAGACAGAUAUCAUUAACGCGAACGUACGAAAUGUGGCAUAUUUCAGGGUCAACUACGGGAUUGAUAUCACAUGUCAACAGAAAUUUCCUGUUUGGUCCGCUUUACCUGCCGGCAUAAUUCAAACGAUUAGAACAUCAUUGGAUAAACGAGCUGCUGAGAUGGGUGUUGCGAUGUAUCGCUGUGAGGGUAACUGGGGAUCUUUAUACCCUAUCAAACGUUUCUAUCCAAACAAAAAGACAUACAAGAAACGUGACAAGGUCGCUUAA